GUUUUCUCAAAAAAUAUGGCGUUCAGUUUUUGUAAGUGUGUGUUACCGUUUCAUUUUCAGAACAUUUCCAGUAAGGAUUUCAGUUACGUUAUACGAAAGAUCUCAAUAGUAGGUAGGACCUCACUGACUUUUGGUUUAGACUGACUAAAGAACUUUGGCAUGUUUGUACGUUUUACGGCGUCUACAGAACCCUGGAACUUUUUCAGUGCCUGAGUUAAGUAUGCGGAGGCUCUGUGCAAUAUAUUCCUUGUGGAGGCUUACAUCCUCCCGUGAAGACUUUUAUGAAGAUGCUCUUCAUCAUUGCUAAGACCAAGACUCACAAGAAAUGUCAAAAAUAUACUCAUCAUUUAGUCAAUGUAGCGAAACAGAAAAACAGUAAGUCUAAAGUCAACAAGUCAACAUUUCUUAAUCGUAGAUUGAAGCUUUUAGCUAACAGAAGAGUCACGAGACGCCAAUUACGGGAAACGCUCACUCCAGCGACCACCAGCUUUACAUCGCCACAAUAUACACCCGCAUGUCACAUUAGUGAAACUGAUAAGUUGGGCAUUGCUGCGGUAGGACCGCAUCCUUCUGCCAUUCCAAACGUUGAUAGAACGCCAAGCGUUUCCCCAGUGCCUAUAGUGCACCACUCAGGUAGCGACCCAACGACGCCCCCGAAAGAGCCAGCGGACCAUCGCUUUUCACCUGGCUGGCACAAGAGCUUCUCCAUAAGUGCCAUCCUAGCCAGGGCCUCGUCCACGCCAAUGAAGGACAGCUCUCUGAUACAGUCAUCCAGCGGUUCCAGUCAAAUCACGUCUCCAGAGUGUGGCUCCACCACCUCCACCACCAUGUCUGCGGAAUGCGUGGAACUGAACAAAGAGAACCAGGCCAGAUGUUCACAUGAUUUUGGGAUUGCACGCACGGCUAUGAUUGAGCCAGCAGCAGCGUCAGGCGGUCACUGUCAGGAGUGUGAACAUCUGAACAACUCCAGAAGAAAGAUGGAGAGAACCAAGUUUUCCAAGGAAGACAUUCAGGUUCUGACCGACUACUUCCGGAAAGAUCGUUACCCUAGCUCACUUGAGAUAGAACAAUUAGCUAAGCAGCUGGGUUACAGAGUGGUCAAAAUUAAAACCUGGUUUCAAAACAAAAGAGCAUCUGUAUCAGGGACACGCCAACCAAAGAGUCAAAAUCUAGCUCCAGCGCUGAACUAUCCUUCUAACCCACUGGCUGGACAUCACGCAGUUUUGGUUCCGAUGGUCAAGUCAUUAAUGGAAAACAUGUCUUAUGGCUCUGGCCUGCUGACCAGACAUCAGCCUCCCCCCGCGGUGAAUUUAGUAGCCGCUUAUCCCCCAUACAACGCCGCUACCAUCGAUAGUAGUUUUGCGCCCAGUGCCAGCCACUAUUUACCAUCCCCCCAUGGUGGCGGGAUUCUUCCCUCAGCUUACAUGUCUCAUUAUUCACCAGUACAUCCGUAUCACUAUUUGGGUAACGGCUUCCUAUAAUAACAAAACUACUCUAACUGCCUUUUGGAGUAAUGGAACUCAGAGUAUGUCUAUACCAUUGAUGCUAUAUGCCGACUGACCAACAGAGAGCGCUUGGAUAGAAGAAUUUAAACCUAGUUACUGAGCUAUUAAUAGCGAAUUAGUUUCGUCAUUAAAGUCUAAUUGGUCUUUGACUAUUCUACAGGAAAAUUGAUUAACAUGCAUGAUUUAAUGAGAAAAAAAUAACCCCAAUAAACAAUUGCCAAUAUUUAAUUACAUUUCCAACAAGACGCA